ACACAUUCCAAGGUACUUAUGUGAUUUCUGAAUCUAAAUAUCGCUCUUGUCGACUAGUAAUGGACCUGUUACUACUUAAAUGUUUCAUCAUCCUCAUCUCAGUGAAACUCGCAAACCUACAAGAGCCAUUUGAUACAAGAUGGGUCUCGAGUGAAUGCGUAGAUAUUAACGGGAAACCACAAAUGUGCUAUCCUCCAUUUACUAGCGUUGCUGCUGACAGAAAAGUGACAGCAACUAACACAUGUGGAGAAAGAGGAAGACAAAAGUAUUGCAUACACAUGUCAAAUUCUGGAAUGGCUAGCAGGUGUCAAUAUUGUGACGCCCGCAACCCAGAUGAAAGUCAUCCCCCGGAGUAUAUGACAGAUAAAAAUCCAAAUAACUGGUGGCAAUCAGAAACUAUGGCUGACAAUAAACUUUUGCAUUUCAGAGACUCCGUAAACCUUACGAUAGAUCUUGGUACUAAAUUUCAUGUAAAUUAUGUGUAUUUACAAUUUAAAUCACCUCGUCCACAUGCUAUGGUUAUACACAAACGAUUUGAUGAUAAUUCCGAAUGGACACCAUGGGCAUAUUUUUCGAGUAAUUGUUAUACAUACUUUGGUAUGGCCUAUAGUCCUAGACCUAUAUUUAAUAAACCGGAUGAAUUAAUAUGUUAUGAAGAAUAUUCAACAUUACAACCAUUAUAUGAAGGGGAAGUAAUUUUUUCUGUUAUAAAUGGACGUCCGAACUAUGACAAAUUCUUUAAUGAUGUAGAUUUACAGCGUUGGAGUACUGCUAGUCAAAUUUUAAUAGAACUAAAGAAAAUGCAUACAUUUGGUGAUGAACGUGGAGCUGAAAGAGAUACUCUAUUAACAUAUUAUUUUGCUAUACAAAAAUUGACCGUAGGAGGAAGAUGUCUUUGUCAUGGUCAUGGUAAUGAAUGUAGAAAAAGUUCUGGACCAGGACAAAAGGAAAGAUUAGUAUGCGUUUGUGAUCCAGCUCAUCAUACAUCUGGUGAUAAUUGUGAACAAUGUCAAUCAGGUUAUCAUGACCGUCCAUGGCAACCUGCUACUCCACAAAAUGCCAAUCCAUGUUUAGCAUGUAAUUGUAAUGGAAACGCACAUCUAUGUGAAUUUGAUCCGGAAUUAUAUGGUCGUACUGGUUCCGGUAGUCGAUGUAUUGAUUGUGGUAAUAAUACAGAAGGCAUAAAUUGUGAACGUUGUAAAUCAGGCUAUUAUCCUAAUCCGAAACAGCCAACAACAUGUUUGCCAUGUUCAUGUGAUCCAGUGGGUACUAUUGAUGGACAGGUUGAAUGUAAUGCACAAGGUCAAUGUCAAUGUAAACCUGGAAUCGGUGGUAAAGCUUGUGAUCAUUGUUUAGAAGAUCAUUUUGGUUUCAAUGCUGGUGGUUGUCUACCAUGUAAUUGUAGUGAAGGUGGUAGUUAUGAAAAUCGCCUUGCUUGUGAUUCACAAACAGGUCAAUGUAUAUGUAAACAAAAUGUAGCUGGUAAACAAUGUGAUAAAUGUAAGAUUGGACAUUAUGGUCUCAUGUCAAAUGAUCCAUUAGGAUGUAAACCAUGCUUAUGUUCUUUGCACUCGUCAGAAUGUAAAUUAGACGAAGAACACUUAAGUAAGGUAGCUGGUAGACCUGGUGAAAUUAUUGAAUUGGAAAGUUUAGUGAAACCAGAUCAAACUAUUAUUAAUUGCCCAACGAAUAAGAAACCAUGUUAUGCAUGCUUACAAAAAGAUAGACAUAUUCAAGUUGGAUGCAAUGGUACAACAGAAGGUUAUUUACAUUGCUUGUGUGAAGAAGAUCCAAAUCAAUGUCCCUAUUGUCCAUCAGGCUGGCGUACGCCACAGAUUGAUCCUCGUUCUGAAAUAUGUACAUGUCCUCCACAAUAUACUGGUAAAUCAUGUGAAUUUUGUGCAGAUGGACAUAGACGUGAUCCACCUGGUGGUCUUAUUACUGAUCGUUGUAUCUUAUGUACAUGUAAUAAUCAUGCUACACGGUGUGAUCCUGAAAGUGGUCAGUGUGAAUGUCAAGAUAAUACUGGUGGUUUAUUCUGUGAUCGAUGUGCUGAUGGUUAUUACGGUGAUGCAUUUGCUGCAAUCAAUUCAUCUGAUGCUUGUAAACCAUGUCCAUGCCCUUCAGAAGCAAAAUGUGAACAAGUUCAUUGGCCAGACCGUUCAAUUAAAGUUGUAUGCAAAGAUUGUCCAGAUAAUAGAUCAGGUAUUCGAUGUGAACGUUGUGCGGAGAAUUUUUAUGGUGAUCCAGUGAAAGGUAUUCCAUGUAAACCAUGUGACUGUUCAAAUAAUGUGGAUCCAAGAGAAUUUGGAAAUUGUGAUGGAAAAACUGGUGAAUGUUUAAAAUGUCUAUUCGGUACAAGUGGUAAACAUUGUGAACAAUGUUUACCAGGUUAUCGUCGUAAUUUAAAACCAAUUAAUAUAAGUGAUUUAAGUGAUUUAAUUCCAGCACGUGGUUGUAGUCCAUGUGAAUGUAAUCCAAUUGGAACAUUAGCUAAUUAUGGAUCACAAGGAAUUGGUGUUUGUAAUCCAGAAACUGGUCAAUGUCCAUGUAAACCAGGUGUUGGUGGAGUGAAUUGUGAUAAAUGUUUUGAUGGAUUUUAUGGUUUUCAUACUGGACAGGGAUGUCAACCAUGUGACUGUAAUUCGGUGGGUGCAGUCCAAGAAUCCUGUGAUGAUCGAACCGGUCAAUGUGAAUGUCGUUCAAAUGUUAUCGGACGUCAAUGUGAUCAAUGUCGACCUGCAUAUUUUAAUAUGACUACUUCAGUAGGUUGUCAAUCAUGUAAUUGUCAUAUUUAUGGUGCUGAAAGUAGUCAAUGUGAUAAAAAUGGUCAAUGCAUUUGUAAACCUUUUGCUGUUGGAGUGAACUGUGAACAAUGCCAAGAAAAUCAUUAUAAUUUACAAGCUGGUUGUUUACCAUGUCCAGCUUGUUAUAAUUUAGUUCAAGCUAGAGUUGCAAAAUUAUGGGGAAUGUUAGAAUCAGUAUUUGGACCAAUUAAACAAGAAUCAUCAACAACAUCAUUAAUAACAAGAGAAUCAAUUGAAACAUUUGAUGAUAAAGAAUUAUUUGAUGAAAUUAAAAGAUUAAAUGAUACAAUUAUAAAAUUAUAUCAAGAUAUUUUAAAUUAUGAAGCUGAUAAUUCAAUAAUUGAUCAAAAACAAUUUAAAAACACAUUAGACAAUAUUGCCAAUCAAAUUGAUAUGAUUGAUAAUGAAUUAAAACAAUUGACCAAUAAACCAUUAACAUGUUUAGAUAAUGGAUAUAAUAGAAAUAUGGAACAAUUACAAAUAUCGAUUAAUGAAAAUAUACCAAGAUUAUUAACUGAUGAUGUUCAAAAAAUAUUGGAUAAUUUAAAACGUACUAUUGAUUUAUCUGAACCAGAUCCAAUUUUAUCAAAAUAUGCAAAUGAAGCUAAUGAAUUAACUAAAGAAUUAAAUCAAAGAACUGAACAAUUACAAAAACAAAUGAAUCGUAUUACAAAAUUAUUAGCUAAUUCUACAAAUAAAUUAACUGAAUCAAAAGAAUUAAUUAAAACAUCAAAAGAUACAUUACAGAAAAAUGUAAAAAAAUCUGAUGAAAUUGAACAAAACAGUAUUUUAUUAAGCAGUCGUAUUGAAGCAUUGAAAGAUCUAAUGCAAAAAUUACGUGAUCAAAUUUAUUUAACUAAUACUAAUAUUGAUCGUCUACCAGAUAUUAUGGCACAAUUACGUCAAUUAGAUAGUGUGACGGUUACAUGGAAUGAAGCAAAAGAAACGUCAAAACAAUUACAAAAUCGUUUAUUUAAUAUUGAAAAUGAAUUAAAUAAUCAAUUAAUUCAAUUACAACAAAUCAAUAAUCAAUUAAUCAAUACAUUAAAUAAACAAGAAAAUGAAGCAAAAUUAAUUGAAUUAAAAUUUAAUGAAAUCAAUCAUUUAUUAGAACGUGUUAUGAAUGCAAUCAAUAUGAGUUGGACAAUGAUUGACAAUUCUAGAAUAUGGUUACAAAAACUUGAAGGAUUUGAUGAACAUAUUAUAAAUACAAAAGAAUUAUUGUCAAAUAUAUUAAAAAUGGAAGAUGAAUUACAUAGACGUUUAACUGAUUUAGCAACAAAUGUUAAUGAUUUACAUGAUCAAGCUAAAAAAGAAUUAUUAACUGCACAAUAUUUACGUAAUCAAACUAAUGAAAUUGAGAAAAUUCUUAAUGGAAUUGAAAAAAGAAUUACAAAUGAUAAAUUUCUUCUUGAUAAAUUCUAUGAAAAAUUAACUGAUUUAAAAACACAACAUGAAUUACAAAUUUUACCUGAAAUACAAAAAGCAUCACAAACAGUAAAUGAAAUUAAUGAUGAAACUAUGCGUAUUAUUGAAAUAGCUGAUAUAUCACAUCGUAGUGGAAGUAAAUUAGUUGAAGAUAUUAAUGAAUUAUUAAGACGUAUGAAAAAACUUAAAGAACAAUUAACAGAAAGUACUAAACCUGGUAUUAGUUUAAUUAGUAAACCAAUAAUCACUUCAGAAGAUGCUACAAUAAGAUUUAUUAAAUUAAAAGAUGAUUUUAAUAAAAUUCAAUUAAAUCAACGUUUAAUUUUAUUAAAACAAUUAAAUUAUUCACGUACUAUUGAAUUAUUUUAUUUAAAUAAACAAAUUAAUGAAUUUAAAUUACAUUAUGAACAUUUACAACGUAUUAAUUCAUUAUUACCAAGUAUUGAAUCUGGUUGCUUUUAUAUUGGUAAAGGUAUUGAAGGUGAUCAAUAUGAACGUAGAAAUUCUUAAAUAGAAUUUAUAUAAACAAAAAUUAUACAACAAUUAUACCAUUUUUUAUUAUUUCUAUUCGAAUAUACUUUUUUUUUUCUUCUUUUGUUAUUGUUGCUAAUGUUGUUGUUGAUUAAUAUUCACUUUAUUCUCUUGUUUUACAUGGUAACAUAUUAAUUUAUAUCAUAAAUGUUAUGUGUAUAGGUGUGGCUAUGUGUGCGUGUAUGUGUGAGUGUGUAUGUGUAUGUGUGUGUGUGUGGGUAUUCUUUUCUUUCUCUUCUAUCUUGGAUUAUUUGCUCAAUAUUUUUUGUUUGUUUAUUUCGAUCCGUUUAUGCCAUAGUUUCUAUUUCAUGGGAAUUAUGUUCAUAAAUAUAAAUUUGGUUUUUUUCUUUUUUUGCAAAAAACAAAGUUUAUUUCAUAUUUUUAUUCUUUUUUUUAGUUUUUUUUUUGGAAAAAAAGUAAAAUCAAUUUCAUCUUUAUGCCUUAACGAUUUUGUCUAUUUUUUUUGUUUGUUUUUUCCUCUUCUUAUUUUUUAUUCAUUAAAAUAGUUUCGAUUAUUAAUU